UUCUUUCCUGACGUUUUAGUGUGGGAAGGUCUAGCAUGUCAUUUAGCUGAAUACGGGAUGCUGCUGUGAACAGAUCAAACAAGGUUAAGCAGAUAACAAAGAAAUCCAGGACCACAAAUCCUUGUGCACAGCCAGUAAUCUGUUCCCCAAAAUAUGCCUAUUAGGUCUUGCUUUACUAUGUUGUUAAAAAGGAGUGCUAGUACGAUUUUUCUGCGGAAGAAAUGCACCCAAUCUGUGGCUAUUAUUGGGGCUCCAUUCUCCAAGGGCCAGAAAUGGCGAGGUGUAGAGCAUGGACCAGCUGCAAUCAGAAAUGCCAGACUUAUUGAAAGGCUCUCCAGCAUAGGAUGUGAUGUAUACGAUGUUGGAGAUCUACACGUUGCGCAAGUUCCUAAUGAUAAACUGUACAACAACACUGUUAAAUACCCCCGUACAGUUGGCCUUGCAUGUCAAAUGUUGGCAAAUGAAGUUAGAAGAGUAUUAGAAGCUGGUCAUACUUGUGUAACUUUGGGAGGAGAUCAUAGUUUGGCACUUGGCACUAUUAGUGGUCAUGCCCGACAGUGUUCAGAUCUAUGCGUAAUUUGGGUCGAUGCGCAUGCUGACAUCAACACCCCACUGACUACCUCAUCAGGAAAUCUUCAUGGUCAGCCAGUGUCCUUUCUCUUGAGAGAGCUCCAAGAUAAGGUUCCUUCGAUCCCUGGGUUUUCCUGGAUAAAACCGUGCCUUUCCACAGCGGAUAUCGUAUAUAUUGGUUUGCGUGAUCUUGAUGCUGCUGAACAAUUUAUUCUAAAGAAAUAUAACAUCACAUACUAUUCAAUGAGGCAAAUUGAUCGCCUUGGAAUACAGAAAGUUAUGGAAAGAUCAUUUGAGCAGCUAUUGGGAAGAAAACAAAGACCAAUUCAUUUAAGCUUUGAUAUAGAUGCAUUUGAUCCAUCCUUGGCGGCAUCUACUGGAACACCAGUAAUUGGAGGAUUAACUUAUAGGGAGGGAAUCUAUAUUACAGAAGAAAUACACAAUACAGGAAUGCUGUCAGCCCUAGAUUUGGUAGAAGUCAACCCAGCUCUUGGAGCCUCCUCUGACGAAGUGAAGGCAACAACAAACUUAGCAGUAGAUGUUAUUGCUUCAUGUCUUGGCCAAACAAGAGAAUGCACUCAAGUAAUUAUAGAAGAGCUCCCCACGCCUACUACAGAAUUUGCAACAGAAAAUGAAGAGCAAAUAAGGAUUUAAAAGAUGAAGGCACACCUACUGCUAUCAUUUGAAUGCAGAUGGAAUUGACUUUUUUGACUACUAGCUUUACAUUGUUCAAUAACUGUAGGAAAAUAGAGACUGCAUAAGAGACGAGAGCCAAUACACACUAAUAGCUUUUUAGAACAACCAAGUAAAGACAAUUUUCCCUCUAAUUGUACACAUUUG